AUUUUUUUGGGAAGAAUUCUUUGUUUAAAAGACAAAAAAGUAUCAAAAAGUAACAUGAAACAUGAAAAUCUUUAAAAUAUUUAGUUUUUACUGAGGUUAUGUCAUAAUUUUCACGCUUUUGUAUGUUUGUGUCACUGUUACAUGAAAACCACUCAAGCAAUUUUGAUAAAUUUUGGUUUGGAGAUAUUUUGGACCUUGGAGAAUAACAUAGGCUACUUUUUGUUGCUAAAAUCUAACUUGAAGGGUGUGAAAAAUAGUUUUGAAGUUUGUGCAACAAAAAAGAUAAAUGACGUCGACGCAUGCGCAAAAAUGUGAUGAAAAUGCCUAUUAAAGAUGGCCGCCGGUAUUUAUUAUAAUUUUAGCUUUAAAAAACGUUCAAUUCUUUCAAAAAACAACUAAAAAACGAAAAAUAAAAGCCCAACUCUUAAAAAAUUAAAAGUUGCACAAACUUUUUCUAAGUUUAACACAUUUUCUAUUACUACUAAAUCAUAUCAUAUGAAAAACUGCAGAUCCCAAAGUUUUGAGCUAGUCUAAAACCCGCACUACUAUAACUCUCUUAUCGCUGAUAUAAUGCUACCACAGUCGUCACGUCACUCUCACUCUCUUGUCGCCCCAUCCCAUCACACACACGAUGUGCCUACUCUGCCUAUCCAACACUCGUCACUCGCUUACGUCGCGUAUCAUCACCCAGCUCGCAUCGCAAGAGAAAAAAUGACCAAAUCGGUAUCAGUCCGCGACGCGCCGUGCCGAAAGUAGGUUAUUCACGCGCUGCGCAGCGCUAAGCCCGUCCAGCCCGAAACGAGCGAAGAUUCCGACUGGCCUCCGGCCGGUAUAAGUAGACGCCGCCGCCGAGUUAUCGCACUUCCGAAGCGAUCUUAUGCAACUCCGUCGUGGCUUGCGUUAGAUGCCUGCCCAGCUCGCAACCUCAUCGUGCCGUUUUGUUAAACUCAACGUGUUGGCCUAGUGGCAAUGAAUUGUAUAUAUCGUGGGAGGAGCACGACUGAAUUCUACUUGGCGUCGGUGUUGUACGAUUCCAUCGAGGAUCUCAACCGAAGCGGGGUUUCAUCCCUAAUCAAAGAAAAACACGCCGAUGCCAACAUUGUCCUGCCCUUCCGGGGCAUCGCGCCCUUCCACCAGGUCGUCGCCAGCGAAGACCGACACUUCGCCAUGGAGACGACGCUUCUCAUACUGCAGAAUGGUGGGGACCCCAACGUCCGAUCUGACGAGGGGCUGACCCCGCUGCACAUCGCCGCUGCCUGGGGCCGGCGCGACCUGGUACAACUCUUACUCCACUGUGGCGCCGACCCCGACCUGCAGGACAACAGCUACAUGACACCCAUCCACUACGCUCGCGAGCACGAGCACCACGACAUUGUCGAGAUGAUUCGCACGUUCAUCGACGGCGGGAUCUCCGCCUACUUUGAACAGGGCAGAGGGAAAGAUGCAUGCGUUGUAACAUUGGAUAGAAUCUUAAUAUCCAAUGGGCAAGCGGUUGGAGAAUAUGAAGUGAUCAAAACCGAACAAAAAGAUGUGGUUAAACAUAAUCAUCAUCAAGAACCCAUUGAUUUGAAGGUGUUACCACAAACGAAUCCUAAUGAAUAUGUCAGGGAUUGGUGUAAUACUCUCGUUGACCAGUUGGAGAAUCUAUCUCUAUCACCCUCGGAUAAUUCGGAGAAUUCUAUCAUGGAGAGGACUUUUGCUAAUGUGACCAUGGUUCGACCAGUGAAUCGACCAGUGUCAUCGUUUUAUUCAUCCAGCGAUAAUAGUCACCAUGACAACAAUAUUAACUUGACCACAAACACAGAAUUAUUAGAUUCGUACAAGUCCAGAGAAAGUGGAGUGCAUACACUGCCCAAUUCUAUGUUGGAUGAUUAUGAGCAACCUGUGUCACAUCAGUCUAAACCUCCACCUCAAAGGAAAUCAUCCAAAGACACUUCGAGUGAUUAUUUUACUUGUACUGAUGUUUCGGAGAUUCUGGAUGAUGUCCAUAACAAUGGUUUUGUUUUUGGUGAUUCUGACAUAAGUUUUGUUAGUGUUUCCGAAGUCUAUAAGUAUGUGGACGCUGAAGAAGGUGUUUGCUUGUAUGAAAAACGAGUUUUACCUGUUGUUAUGCCGUAAGUUGAUAAAAUUUUCUUAUAAUUCCAUAGUUUUAAUGUUUAUGUAUCGAAUAGGAACUUGAACGAGACGGAAAACUUUACUGUGAGUUCAAAAUCAUCAAAAGUAUCCAGUUUACCAGUCAGUUUUGAUUAUGACACUGAUACACUUAGGAAAGAACUGACAAGGGUUGGUUUUGAGCCGGGGCCGAUCACCAAAACAACAAAACGUGUUUAUCUAAAGAAAUUACAUCAUUUACAGAAGUUUCCACAGGAUGUUGUUGUUUCUACAGUGCAAGACAUCAAAAAAGUUUACUCGAAUGAGAUCCAGAAGACUUUGAAACACCCCGAAUGGUCAUCAGAUUUAACCCCCUACCGACUCCUAGAAGAACAAGUAGUGAGGCAAUUCUCAAACCCAGAUCCAACGCGGAAAUGGCGCGAAGGAGUGAGCAAAGCUUCCUUUACUUAUCUCCUGCUGGAUCCGCGUAUUACACAAAAUUUACCUGGACGAGCGGAUGGGUUAUCACAGGGUGAACUUUGGGAGGUUUUUCUUUCUUCUAUCUUCUACGUUGGUAAAGGAAAACGCUCCAGACCUUAUCAACACCUCUACGAUGCAAUAAACUUACAUAAAGACGGAGUUAAACAAACGACUAACAAGAAAUUACAACGUAUUCUUGAUAUUUGGAAAGAUAACCAAGGUGUGAUUUGCUUACACAUUUUUCAAAAUGUCAUCCCUGUUGAGGCGUACACUCGUGAGGCAGCCAUGAUUUCCGCGUUGAAACUCACAAACGUUGAGAAUUUACGCACUGGAGACUUUUAUGGAAUCUCAGCGACGUGGAGCAGCAAUCAGAAGGCAAUGUUUGGUGUUUAUUUGCUGUUCAAAGCGAUGAAGAUUUUAUUAAACGAAGGCGAACGACAGUUGAGCCCGAAUGAUAUUGAUUAGUUGAUUAGAUUUUUAAGAUUUGACGAUGAUGUGUGUUUUGAUUGAAUUAUUUAUUUCACGCGUGAAUUGCAAGUGGUAUGACUCAGAAUUGUGAUAUGAUCGUGCGCGUAGAUGUUUAAUUACAACAAGUAUUUGAUGACACUCGAUGAGAUUUUGAUCGUUUGUUCCGAGAACGUUAACAAUAAGUGCAAUUACACUUUUAUCAGAUUUUUGUAUUACAGACACAAAUAUUAUUCAAAUAUUUUAUAUUUUCUAAGACUUAUAUAAUUGAAAUUAUAGUGUUUAGGACGAUUUUCGACGAAUUUUAUUUUUAAAAUGAUGUUUUUAAUGAAAUAUGUGGAAAUAUAUAUUAUGUGUUCAAAUAAAA